AUGCAGAAACUAAGGGUAUCACACCUAGCAGCGACGAAGAGGACACUAAGGUAUCUAAAAGAAACUCUCGACCAUGGCAUUUUGUUUCCUGCAACUGAUGAAGGAAAAGAAUGCAAGCUAGUGGGUUACACCGAUUCAAGAUGGUGUAGUGAUGAUGAGGAUAGAAAAUCCAUAGUUGGCUACGUGUUUAUGCUAGGUGGUGCAACAUUUGCUUGGAGUUCAAGAAAGGAACCAAUAGUAGCAUUGUUGUCGUGUGAAACAGAGUACAUAGAUGCUUCUCUUUGUGCAUGUCAAGCAACAUGGAUGGUGAAUUUGGUUGAAGAGAUUACAGGAAAGAAUCAUGGAACGAUUACCAUGAAGAUUGGCAACAUGUAUGCUAUCAAUCUGGAAAAGAAUCUGAUAGCGCAUGGAAGAAGCAAGCACAUCUAA